AUAUUCUCUUUCUUUAGAAAACAUGUUUCUAGGUUAUACAGGUAGGUAACAUUUUCUGACCUUAUAUGGAAGGCUAAGGUUGACCCUGAGCGAGGGAGAGGCAACCGCGGAAAACUAAGAGGAGAGUUUCGUGUGGUCUUAUAACAGCGAUGGAGGAUAUUUUUUCUCAAGUGCGGGAGGGUAAUGCUGUUUACGUAAAAAUAUGGCUCAAUAAUGUUGAGAACGAUCCAAACCAAGGUGAUGAUCACAGAUUUAGCCCCCUGCACUGGGCUUGCAAGGAGGGGCGGUCAAGUAUCGUUGAUAUGCUACUUACUAGGGGGGCCAAAAUCAACUCCACUAAUAUGGGAGAUGACACUUCUUUGCAUUUAGCUGCAGCUCAUGGACAUGGUGACAUUGUCAUGAAGCUUAUCAACUCAAAGGCUGAUAUCAACGCUGUUAAUGAGCAUGGGAAUACGCCGCUCCAUUACGCUUGUUUCUGGAACUAUCAAAUGGUGGCUCAGGAAUUAGUAAGUCAUGGAGCACGAGUUACAUUAUGUAAUAAGCUUGGACAGACUCCAUUAUCAAAGGCAAAGCCAUCAUUAGCGGAACAGCUUCGAGAUCGAGCUAAGGCUCUAGGCCAGGACCUUACAGUCAUCCCAUACAAAACAUCAAAUUGGGGCGGAACAAAAACGAGAAGUAGGGAUGCCACCCUAUCAAGGUUUGCUGGUGUUGAAUUGAAGUCUAUCAAGAUGCAAGGACAAUUAAAUGACAGUCCAACAGGAACAAUGUACAAAGCACUCUGGCAGGGAACGGCGGUUAUGGCCAAGGUACUUAAAGUCCGCAACUGCACAUCACGUAUUACUCGUGACUUUGCUCAAGAAUUCCCACGCCUUAGGAUCUUUUCACAUCCGAACAUCCACCCUGUACUUGCAUGCGUUAACAACAGUUCUCCGUUCAAGAUGGUAACACUCAGCGAAGCACUCCCUCAUGGAUCAUUGUACCGUGUACUUCAUGAAGGGUCCGGCAUGGAUUUCGACCAUACACAGGCAGUGAGCUUUGCGCUGGACAUAGGCCGAGGGAUGUCGUUCCUGCACUCGAUGGAUCCUCUCAUACCUAGAUUCUACCUCAACAGUAAAAACAUAAUGAUUGACGAGGAAUACACUGCCAAGUUAAACAUGGCCGACACCAGAUUUUCCUUUCAGAAUAAAGCCAAGUUAUUUAAUCCUGCAUGGAUGGCCCCAGAAGCACUGCAAAAAAAACCAGAAGAAGCAAACGUGAAGGCGUCUGAUAUGUGGAGCUACGCCGUUCUCCUAUGGGAAUUAUCUACAAGGGAGGUUCCAUUUGCCGGCCAGUCACCAAUGGAGAUUGGAAUGAAAAUUGUGUGUGAAGGACUUAGGAUAACGCCACCAACGGGUGCAUCAGCGCAUAUGAGCAAGCUCAUUAAGAUAUGCAUGAACGAAGACUCUAGUAAACGGCCAAGAUUCGACAUGAUCCUACCAAUUCUCGAGAAAAUGAGAACCGCAUAGGAUUGGUAAAUGAUGUCAAAUAAUAUAAUAUAAUAUAUAUAUUGAUAUUAUUAUAAUGUAUUAUUACUAGCAGGUGUGCCUGCUUGUGUUAUGUAGUCUCUUUCAUGUACCUGUAUCUGGAUAAACUGACUUUGCCAUUCUUUUCUUGAACUAGAAUAUCCCUUUAAAAAUAAUGGAAUCAUCCAUCUUUGACAUCACAUGUUCAUACAGUACUAACAAACACACGUACGACCUCAUUUCUUGAAUGAUGUUGUAGUGUUACACAAAUUAUUGUAAUAGUUUCUAAGAGUAUUCACAAACAACAUUUGGUAGAAGACAAGACAAGAAACACUUUACAUUUCUUUAGUUACUGCUUCCAGAGAAUGAGGAGGAGCGUGUGGUGGUUAAAUGUUAUACCAUAGGAUAGAAGGUUCUAUUAUUUUUUUUAGGGGUGGUUGUCAAAGGAAUAAUUGUAAUAAUCAGUUUAUCUCAUAGACUGCCAAAAUCAUUAUCAGUUUGUGUAUACAUGUGUUUUAUGUCCACAUGCAUUUGUAUAUUUGUCCACAAAAGUAAUCUACACACAUGGAUGUUUUUGGAUAUGUAACACGUACAUUAACACAUGUUUUGUGGGUAUGUACACAUGGGUUGAUUACCUCCUUUUUGUGUAUAUUUCUACAAAUUUGGAUCAAAUUUGAAACAUAUGAUUCCUAUGUAUAUUAACACACUUGUCUAGUAAUACAUGUUUAUGUAUAUUUUCAAAUUCGAUACUGUAUGUGUAUAUUUAAUGUGUUUUAAGCACAUCUGUUAUGUAUAUACACAUUUCUCUUGCACAUACUUACACACGUCAUCUCUGCAUGUUUGCAAUUUUUUCAUAGUUAAUACCAAGAAUGCUAAAUCCUGUAUGACACUGGUAUUGCUUUGAGUUCUGUACCUAAAUUUUAAGACAGUUUUAUUCUGAUACUAACUGUAAAUUUGGGAGAAAAACAAAAAUGGAUAUUUUAGUAAUCCCACCUCCAUACAUGUUUUUAAGAUAUGUAUAGUGUAAUUUAGAGGUAUGCGUUGCAAGGUAGGACCACAUUGUUGUGUGGGAUAUAGCAUUCCAUGUAUUUAAAAUGGGAUAAAAAUUACAGUAUUGACUUUGAAAUCUUGUGUUGAUUUAAUUAGUAAUUUAUCAAUUAAUGUGAUAUAAAUAAAAUCAUUCUGCAUGAGUAAGAUUCAUUUAUAUUUAAAUAUAGUAAUUCUUACAAUUAAUGUUAGCCUAGAUUUUCUGAUUUAGAAAAAAAUUUCUUAUGAGUUGUGGUGUAGGUCAGGAAACCUUCACUAGAAUAGUAUUAAUUGUUUGAGAAUUGCCGCAAGUCCAAUACAAAACUUGUUUUGAUCUUUUCUCCAUAAUUCUCCGCCAAAACGAAGUGCGUCUUCAAUCAAAGCAUAUUUGAAAUGUUUACGAUUAUUCUAAUUUAUCUUUAAAACCAAAUUCUCUUGAUUUGUGAAAUUGUGUAUAAAACAUUAACAGGAAGUAGAAAUUAAGAGCGCAAACUUGUUGGUAUUCACAUUAUCCUCAAAUCGCUGAACCUUGUCUUCCUAAUCUAUAUUUGAUGGCUGAACAUUUUUACAUAUAUGAAAAUUUAUAUAUAUAUUUCUAAUAUGAUCUUUGACUUUUUAGAUGUAUAUUGAAAAUUGAGAUACUGGGUUUCAAUUGCAUAGAAAAAAAAAAUAUAUAUCGAUGUAUGCGAAUAUUAAAUGUUUUAUCGUGCUAUGUUCUCAGCGGCCAACGAAUCUGUUUGUGCUCUCUGAGAGCACUGUACUAAUUUGUUAGUAACAGUCUGAGUGAUUUUUCAAUGAAAACUAUCCGUCAUGCGUGCCCUGUCUCUGUGCAGCCUCAUGAAAUCUUGCCAGUGGACGAAGUGUUCGGCAAAUUUUAAAAGUCUUGGGUAGUAUCUCAUCCCCAUAGUGGCCAACUUUCGACUGUACAGGUAUUUCAGGGGCGGAUCCAGUAGGGGGCAUGUUCCCCCUCCCCUUUUUGCCACCAAAUUUUUAAAAUUUUAAAGCAUAUCAAUGUUAUUUUCUACCAAUUUUAAAACUAUUGUCAACACUACAAUAGGGCGUCCGGGGGCAUGCCUCUGCGAAAUUUUCGUUUUCUAGAUGCCCAAAAAUAAAAAUAACCUCGGAGGGGUUUUGGGCGAUCAAUUUUUUCUUUUUUUUUCGGUUUUUCCCCCUUUCGGACGCCCCCCCCCCCAACCUUAUAUCCACCCCUGCUGUUCUAUAUGACUGUCUUGCAAUAUUGCAAAUUAUGCAUUACUGUACCUUGAGAAAAUUGUCCUAGUAGAAAAUAAUUCAAGCAGCGUACCACAGUUACUAAUGGUACUUUGGAACAAAUGGUACUUUAGUAUCAAAGUCUGAUUGGAAGAAAGUGUUCUUUUUUUCAAAAUGGUGUAGAGUAAGCAAUUUAUAAGUAGGUACAGUAUAAGAAAAAACAUAGAAAAUACCAUUUAAAUGUAUUAUUGCAUUGAUAAAAAGCAUUAUCAAUUUGAUGUAGUUUUUGUGGGGAUUGUUAUUUUUCUUUAAGAAUUGUAAAAGCAGCAUCUGAGUAGUUAUUAGCUGCAAAUGCAGUAGAAUCUGAUUUGCAUUUUUGAGUACCGUAUAAUAUAUUCGCGUAUAAGACAACCUCCGAAUUUUGCUGCUUUUAUGUAUUGGUACUGCAUUUAGCUGGCUAAAAACUGAGCCAAAUGCAACACUAAUCUUAUAAAUAAUACAGUUUUAUGAGAUUUAAAAUCUUAUUUCUCCGUAUUUAAAAAAGCUUUAUUGCAGUAGUAAAUUUGCAUGAUACAGACGAUCCGCACAUAGGACGAACAUUAUUUUAAAAAUCUAAAAUUUGUAUGUCGCGCCUAUAAAGCCGGAUACUCACUACGUCGUACGACACUCACACGACGAAUCUGCAUUUGCUUCCGUCGAGCGAUAAACGACGCAGCAUCGGCAGUGCUGAUUGUCAGUGGCAAUCUGAACGGAUCCCCAUUAAAAAGACGAUCUGUUGGGUUUGCGUCUUCGUGUACGUUCUUCGUUGCGUUGGCGUCACGUCGCCGUCGCACAGUGAGUAAUCGGCUUAAGACGACCCCCGUUUUUCGAUCGUAAUUUCAUAAUUUAAGCUUUGUCUUAUACGUUACUCAAGUAUACGGUAUGCUCUCCACUUGUGCAGAUAUAACUCUGUGCUAUGGCGGUGAAAUUCCUGUGUAAAUUGGAAUGUGUUAAGGUUCACUUCAUUUCAUUUGACAGGCACAUUUCAAGUGUUGACAGACGACCACCCUGUCCGAUAAGAGUAAUUUUGACCUAGUUCUGCAUUAUACUGAUGCCCUUAUUAGCUUAUUUUUAAUAAUUGUAAAUAUAAAUUAAUGUG